AUAGGUAAAUCCAAAUAGAGAGACAUAUAAAAACUACUUCAAACUUUAUGCAGUAGGAGAAGUAUGUAGAAAACAAACGACGGAAUCACGACCUUACCGCUGACUGUCUGUCACUUCCGUCCGGUUCAUUUAUAGAUUUUACUGCUGCUUUCUACAUAGUGUAUAUAAGUAAGCAUUAAACAAGUAUUCUCCCUACAAAUGUAUAUCAGCCUGAGAAGCGAAGACUUUCAGGUUUCCUAUGUAAAAUAUCUAUUACCGUCUAUGUUUGCAUUGCGGUGACAAACGGAAGUAAGAUGCUGUAUAAAGUUCUUAUCCGGUAUUUGAACUGCUUCUUCAGUGUCAUCAUAUUUGUAUCUUCGUCGCCACACUGUGAAGUACCAACCAACUUGGAAGCUCGUUACAGGAUUCACUACGGGUUACGCAAUAAGUUUAUUUCCACAAAUAAAAUGCCUCUACUCGCAACAAUACAAUUACCACUGCUGGACUUGGAUAAAACUUGCCCAACAUCUAUUGGUAAAUCCGGACAUACCAGCAACCGAUCCACGUGUCCUUGGUACCUGAAAGUUAUCUAUGACAAAAACGUUUACCCUCCACUACGUACUGAAGCUGUGUGUCGCUGUAAACAUUGUCUAGGCACUGACCAUAACUACCAUUGUGCGGAAGUAUUUACUGAUGUGUAUGUUCUUAAUCGUACAGAAUCAUGUGUUGACGGGUUGUAUGUAUAUGAGCCUAGUAAAAUUAAAGUCGCCACAGCCUGUGUAUGUGCACGGAAAAUCGAUCGAACCGUAACAUAGGUUAUGCGACUGGGAAGCAGUUAAAUACAAUCUGUAAACCUGCGUUGACGUCAAGAUUGUUCAUACUCAACCACCAUGUGAUUAUGUUAUACUAUGUAUAACUUACUAAAAUUUGAUUAGACUCUAUGUAUGUAUGUAUGUAUGCAUGAACACUAUGCACCGAUCAAUUUCAUCCUGAAGUCACUAGUUUGCCACCUUUUCACCACUGGAUUUUCUGAUGUUUGAUUAAACUCGCCUCUAGUUAUCUCUGCCACAUGGAUUGCCCUUCAGCCUUCGUCACAGGACUCAUCUAUUUAACUCAUUACUUUCUGUCAUUUUCGUCGGAUUUUGUACACAACUUCCGAUCACUAUUUUAUCUAUAAACUUUUAAUUUAUAUAUAUUUCUCAAUUUUUCCUAUAUUUUUCUUUCAAUUUACACUCUUUAUAACAUCGAGUAAAGUUUUUUAAUAAUAUCGUCAUGUAAAUAUAGAAUAUUAAUUAAUUGUAUGUGUACAUAUUACCAUCGUUAAAUGGUUUAUAACAGCGAAAGACGUUGUGCCACUGUAUUUUUCAUGUACAUAACAAAUACUUCGUGUUUACACGUUCACAUGUAUGCACUCAUAUAUACACAGACUCAUUUAAAGCCAGAUCCUGAAGACGGAUAAAUACCACUAAGCAUUUCGCCCGACGUACUAAUCAUUCUGCCAGCUCGCCACCUUGUUUGAAACCAAUUGCUAGAAAUAGGCAGGCUGUGAGCUGGGAGAAUUGCUGGUUUCAAAACAUUUCGAGAUACAACUAUGUUUGCUUAAAAUUUUUCGAUUUAAUGAAAUAAGUAACGGUAAUGUUUUCUAGUAUUAUGUAUUUUAACAUUCACUGUCUCACUUAUCAACUGCCCUGUUUUGACAGAAGGAAACAAUAACGAAGUGGCCUUAUUAAAUGGUUUCCCAUACUUCAUGCGAUCGUUUAAUUUCUUAAUCCCAAAUCCUCAAAUUACUCCGUCUGGUGAGAGAUAAAUAUUAUUUAAUAGAUACAAUACAUAUUAUUAUUAUUAGUUUCAUAUGUUGAAAAACACGUCAAACAUAAUUCAUCAGGCACAAACCACCUAUCAUAAGAGACUAUAGACUGAAUGAGAGAAGAAACGCGAAAAGUUGAGAAGGAAGCAUUUAGAAAGCGUGGAAGUUUAAAAAACGGAAACGAACAGCGGAAAACGAAAAAGUAAAACCAUCUCUAAUAUAUAUUUUUAUACUGUAUCAGGCAAUCGUAUAAAUAUUCAUUCAUGUAAUUUAAUAAAAAAUGUAUAUUUA